AUGAGUGACAAAAGGUCAUAUAAUCAUGAUGACUUGCCAUCUCCUUCGCUGAAAAGAUUGAAAUCAGUAAACAGUGGUGAUGACCCAGAUGCUGCGGCAAUCAUCCCCAAGACGCAAUGGCCAUCAUCGUUCCAAGAACUUGACUUAAUUCAUUUCAGAUUCAAUAGUUACUUCAGUUUUAUAUCCACAAGAAACCAUGUGCUACCAACUUAUGAUAUUAUCAAACCCAACGUCGAGAAACUGAUCAAAAGACUGUUGCAACUCGAGGAUAUCGCCAAGCUCAUGGUGUUGUUGCCGCUGGAUAUCUCAUUUAAAUAUGUUGAUGAGAACCAGAUUUAUCACAUCAAGGAGAAAAUCGUUCAGUUCAACAAUGACGGGGAGUAUCUUAGGAAAGAUGUCGAUAUGUUCAAAUUAAAAGAUAUCGAGUCUACCCAGAAGCAAAUAUUACUAUUGGAGUUUAUCGAUGGCAAUCCCCUCAAAUCAAAAGCCAAUGAGAAUUAUAAGACCCAGAAUUAUUCGCAUCCUUACAACCCCAAGACAUUGAAGAAAGUGAUUGAUAAGCGGAACAAGAAAUUCAUCAAUGGAGUGUCGAAAUUCUUGACCAAUUGUGCCAGCCAGGGAAUUGAUGAUCCAAUGGCGGAAUUAACCAAGCUUUGUCAGCAAUUCAUCCCCGAAAUAACCGUCCAUAUUGAUCCAAUUGAGGCCAUGAAACGUAACAAAGAUAAUGGAUUAGUCAGUUCGGAAAGACCGAAAAUCGUCGAUUUGGUGGAAGAAUUGAAAGCUGAUAAACUUUACAAGAACCAGAUUGUGGAGGAUGGGCUAUUUAAAUUUGCCUCCCGGCAACCGGUUUUCAAAAAUUUGGAAUUUGAACUCCCAUUAGACAUUUAUGAGGCAUUGUUUAACAAUAAGAAAGUUGAGAAGUUUUACUCACAUCAAGCAGAAGCUCUCAAUGCCAUCAAUGAUUUGAACCAUGUAAUCAUCACCACUUCGACUUCAUCGGGUAAAUCUUUGAUUUAUCAAUUACCAGCAAUGAAAUUCAUUUAUGAUUACAUCAUUGAAAAAACCGGUGGUGUUGCCACCUAUGAUAAUCAAUUGAACCAAAUCGAUUUGCAAAACGUUCCUACUGCGAUGUAUAUUUUCCCAACCAAAGCAUUAGCUCAAGAUCAAAAACGGUCUUUGAAAGAAUUAUUUAGCGAAAUAGAGGUACUACAAAAUAUUGUUGUGGAAACCUUUGAUGGUGAUACAAGCUCGGAGACUCGGAAUUUCAUUAGGGAUAAUUCCAAAGUGAUUUUUACCAACCCUGACAUGCUCCAUGCAAAUAUCUUGCCCAAUUAUCAGAAAUGGCGGAAUUUUUUGAGAAACUUGAAAAUUAUCGUCAUUGAUGAAUUACAUAUAUAUCGAGGGUUGUUUGGGUCGCAUGUGGCAUUGGUUAUAAGAAGACUUCGAAGAAUAUGCCAUUAUUUGGGUAAUGAUGAUAUCCAAUUCAUUUCGUGUUCGGCAACCUUGAAGGACCCAGUGGAUCAUAUGAAAUUGAUUUUUGGGAUCAACGAACUGCGGGCCCCGAUUGUCCACGUUAGUGAAGAUGGUUCUCCUUCAGGAGAGAAGUACUUGGUAGUGUGGAAUCCGCCAUUGAUCGAUGAACGGACUCGGGAACGGGAAUCUUUCAUUACCGAAACCGCGAAAUUAUUGAUCAAGAUGGUGUUGAGUAACGUGAAAACAAUUUGCUUUUGUGUGGUGCGAAGAACCGUAGAAUUGUUAAUGAAGGAAGUGCGAUCGAUUUUGAAAGAUCGUAAUGAGCUUCACAUUGAAAAUCAAAUCAUGAGUUAUCGUGGUGGGUACUCUAUUUCUGAUAGACGUGAAAUUGAAAAAGAAAUGUUCGAAGGAAACUUGAAGGCGAUCAUCGCCACCAACGCUUUAGAAUUGGGGAUUGAUAUUGGGACUUUAGACGCGGUACUAAUUUGUGGAUUCCCAAUUUCAAUUUCCAAUUUCCAUCAACAAUCAGGUAGAGCGGGUAGAAGAAACAAAGACUCGUUGACUUUGUACGUUGGGGCUGGUGAUCCGGUAAACCAAUAUUAUAUGGAUAAUCCCAAGCUUUUGACUGAACGGAAAUUCCAGGAUUUGGUAUUAGACUUCAAUAACGUGAUGAUUUUGGAACAACAUUUGCAAUGCGCAGGGUUCGAACUUCCCAUAAACUUGGUGAAUGACGAGCAAUUUUUUGUUGAUGAUCCAAAAAAUUUGCCAGAGUAUGAAUCGAUUGUGAAUUCUAAACUUGUGAGAGAUGACUAUGGGUAUCACUGUCACCCAAAAUAUUUGCCGUGGCCCUCGAAACAUGUGUCAUUAAGAGGAAUUGAAGAAGAUAUGUUUGCGGUGGUGGACAUAACCAAUGAUCGAAACGUGGUAAUUGAAGAAAUCGAAACCUCAAGAACCAGCUUUACAUUAUACGAAGAAGGGAUCUUGAUCCAUCAAGGGUUACCAUAUAUUGUGAGAGAAUUCAAUGCCGAAGAGCAUUUUGCCAAAGUUGAGCGGGUGAGUGUUGACUGGGUGACAAAGCAGCGAGAUUUUACCGAUGUUGACCCAAUGGAAAUCGAGAAGAUCAGAUCGCAAAAGGGUUCAAGUGAUGUGCCAAUUUAUUAUGGGAAAAUCAGAACCACCAUCAAAGUAUUUGGGUUUUUCAAAGUUGAUAAACGUGGUAAGAUUCUUGAUUCUGUGGAUGUCAAGAACCCUCCGGUGGUGCUUGAUUCCAAAGGAUUUUGGAUCGAUAUCCCCAUGGAGGCGAUUACCAUGAUUAAUUCCAAGCAAUUGAACGUUUCUGCAGGCAUCCACGGGGCAGAACACGCGAUUAUUAACGUCAUGCCAUUGGUGAUCGUUAGUGGGAUCGAUGAAAUCCAAACUGAGUGUAAAGCACCAGAGAAAGAAUUUGCCAAACGACAAAGCAAAAGAAUACGCCCAGCAAGAUUGAUUUUCACCGAUUCUAAAGGCGGGAGGUUUGGAUCGGGGUUAUCGAUCAAGGCGUUUGAAAAUAUCGACGAUAUUUUACGCAAAGCUUAUAACCGGGUGAGAACCUGUCCUUGUGAGAUUGGAUGUCCUGAAUGUAUUGCUGCUGCGUAUUGUAAAGAGAACUCAUUGGUGAUUUCCAAGCUGGGGGCCCUUAUUAUAUUGGGGGUGAUUUUAGGAGAGAAAAUCAACCUUGAUCGUAUUCAUGGGGGGCCAGAAAAGAAUUUGCCGGAUAUUGAUAUUGAAACAAUUGAAAUCAACAAUGAACAAGUGAAGUUUUCUUCUGAUUUGGAGAUUAUCGAUGCUAAGCAGAUCGAAGCUGGUGAGGAAUUUGUGAUUAAAGCAGAGGAAAACGAGAUAGAAUAUGGUUCGCUUUGA